AUGGACAGUGCAAUGGCGUCGAACUCGCUGGUGCAGGAGCAGCUGCAGGAUGCAGGCCCGCCCCGCGUUGACGAAAAGACAAUCGCCACCGGCGGAAUUGAUCUGCUGGGCGAGGAGGCCAAGCCCAUUGACCCCGAGGUUGAGCGGCGAGUGUUGCGGAAGAUUGAUCUGUUUCUGAUGCCAGCGAUGGUAAUUGGAUAUGGUCUGGUGUACUAUGACAAGGCAAUUCUGGGAAAUGCAGUCCUGUUCGGCAUGACUACAGACCUGCAGCUGUCGGUUACGGACAAUUCAGUCAGUCCACCAGUAACCGAUACAUCCAGGCUGAGCUGGGCAACCUCCAUCUUCUACUUUGGCCAGCUUGCCGGCUCUUACCCCAUGACAUACAUCUUACAGUGCUUCCAAACAAGACGCGUUCUAGGUCCCGCUGUGAUUAUUUGGGCAAUUAUAUGUGCUGCGACCGCCGGCGUAACCACCUGGAAAGGACUUUUCGCCCAGCGAUUCUUCCUCGGCUUCACCGAAGCGAUCAUUCCAACCGGAUUCAUGGUAAUAGUGAGUGGAUUCUACACACAGCGAGAGCAGUCGUCACGCCAAAGCUGGUGGUUCUCCGGCACCGGAUGGUUCACUAUCAUCGGCGGUGCCUUCAACUAUGGCUUUGCCCAGAUUGACAGCGGUGCCUUGAAGCCGUGGCAGUAUAUUUACAUCUUCGCUGGCAUUCUGACGUUCCUCUUUGGAAUCUGGUGUUUCUUUCUUCCGAAUGAUCCUCUCAACGCGUGGUUUCUCACCCCGGAAGAGCGUCUGGUGGCCGUGGAGAGACUCCGGGCCAGUCAGACUGGAGUGAAGCACAAGAAAUUCAAGACUGGCCAACUGAAGGAGGCCAUCUUGGAUAUCCGGAUCUGGCUUGUUUCCCUGACCAUGGCUGCUGCAUACACCGUCAACGGCGCAGUAUCUGGCUUUGGGCCGCUUAUCGUCUCGACGUUCGGCUAUUCCUCCCUCGAGAGCAUUCUCUUCCAGUUCCCCUUGGGCGGAAUAUCUGCAUUUGGCAUCAUCGGCACCGGCUGGCUAUGCUCUCGCUACCGAAACAUCCGCGUCAUAUUGCUAAUCCUCUGCUGCCUCCCGGUAAUCGCGGGCUUCGUGAUGAUCUGGAAAUCCACCUGGGGAUAUAAACCCGCUACUCCUGUCGCUGGAUACUCUCUGAUUGGUUUCUUCGGCCCAGUCGUUGGCAUCACCAUCUCCCUCGGCGCGAGUAACAUCGCAGGCGAGACGAAGAAAAGCUUCAUGGCCGCGGCCGUGUUCGUCGCGUACUGCGUGGGCAAUAUCGUCGGUCCCCAGUUGAUCCAUACCCAGCAGAAGGCUGAUCAUUAUCCUGAUCUAUGGACUGGACUUAUUAUCUGCUACUGCAUUACCAUCCUCUGCGCGUCGGUUCUGGCUGUGCUGUGGUUCAGGGAGAACAGACAGCGAGCAGGUCUGGGUUUGAAUGAAAGCGAGCGCGAUCGUCUUGCUUUUAAGGACUUGACGGAUAAGGAGAACUUGCAUUUCAGAUAUGUAUAUUAG